AGGGGGCUGGGGGCGAUGGAGACGGGAUGGGUAGUACACGAGGAGAGCGGAUCGACCACCUUUCCUGUCCUUCAUGGCGGUAUGAACCCGCAACUACGGCACUGGCGAGAGGCAGCUACACUUCUCCUGGCGGCCAGGAGCGGGGCGCCGGCCCGGCCGGUGCGGUGCCCGCUAGGCCCCUUUGACUACGAGAUGCUGCUGCUCCAGCGGAGCCCUCGGAGCGGCUUCCUGCCCAGAGCCCACGUCUUCCCGGGCGGCCUGCUGGAGGCAGCCGACUUCUCUGUUGACUGGCUGGGGCUGCUGCCCGCUUUACCCCGCUGCGGGCUGGGCUCCGUGCGGCCGUCAUCGCCGGGCGGUAACCGAGCUCCGGUCUUCGCCACCGACCGGGCUAGCCUUGGCUCACCGCUGCCGGGGGACGUGGCCUUCCGCAUCUGCGCCAUCCGGGAGACCUUCGAAGAGGCGGGUAUCCUGUUGCUGGUGUCGGGCCCGGGCCCCGCCUCUGAUCCUGGCCCGGCCCGCUUGCUGCCUCAGCACCACCUGCCGCCGGCCCCGGAGCUUGCCGAGUGGCGGCAACGGGUGCAGCAGGACCCGGCCUGCUUCCUGCAGCUCUGCCGCUACCUACGCUGCGUCCCCAACAUUUGGGCGCUGCAUGAGUGGGGCAACUGGCUGACUCCGGUGCCCAGGGCUGGCCGGGGCCACCGGCGCUACGACACUGCCUUCUACCUGUGCUGCCUUGAGGAGCGGCCUCCGCACGCGUCGCAGGACGAUCAGGAGGUGACAGGGUUCCAGUGGUCAACCCCUCCAGAAGCUAUUGAACUCUUUAAGUCUCAAGAAAUAUGGUUUGCUCCACCUCAGUUCUAUGAAUUAUGUAGGCUGUGCAACUUUUCUUCACUUCAUGACCUGCAUAGGUUUGGUUCUGACCGUGCUUUAGAAGGGUGUGAACGUUGGAUGUCCGUUACUUUGGCUGCUUCGGAUGGCUACAUUCAGCUGUUACCAGGAGAUGAGCUGUAUCCGAAAGAUCCAGAUUAUACAGGAGAAAAGAAACUUUUUUUGUCAACAGAUAAGAAGAUUGAAGAGCUAAUGAAAGAAGACAGUAAGCUUCACCGAGUUGUAAUACACAGCCUUAACAAUCUUACUGUCCAUGUUAAUAUCCAACCAAAAUAUAAACACGUCAAUCCACUAAAGAUGGACUCUAAUAUAGUUGGAAGUAAUGCAGAUUGCAAUAGCAGACUAUAAUAUGCCAUCUCUUUAAUUCAGUAUGUAUCAAAUUUCAUAUAUUUUUAUUUUAGUGCAGUUAGUCCUUUGUGACAGUUGCUAAGUGGUUAGCCCUGGAGGCUGAAGUCUUCAUUUGCCAAAGAACAGGUCAGGUACAUCAUGGGGUCAACAGUACAAGCUUCUUUAUGUUGCCAUGCCAGUGUAUCUCAAACAAGAUCAGGCGAGGCUACUUUGGGUAAGAGGAGGGUUCAGACUUCAUAUAUAUUUAAUGCUUUGAAACUGAACAUAUGUGCCAGUUGUGAUGUGGACAAAUGCUCACUGAGAACUUGAUGUAAACUACCAACUUAAUUCAUGUUGUUCACCAAAGAGCCAUUAUAUGGUAAUAAUAUUUGGGCAUUGACAAUUUAUGUAAUAAAAGUGGACUAGUCUGUAACCCAUGUCCCUUGAACAAUUCAGUUCCCUUCUCUCACUGAGUGCUGAAAUAUUCUUGUCAUGCUCAGAAUUUAGCUAGCUCUUCUAUUCUGCUUCCAAAAGAUAUCUUUUAGAUCACAUUAAUGUGUUAAUGUGUCUAGAAAUGUAAUUGAAGGAGUUUUCCAUUGUAUGACUGCAUUUCCCACUCUUAUCUUUGGGUCUCAAUGUGUUCAUUAAGUUAACUUAUUUGCCAACAUUAUUUUGCUUUUAAUUGUUUAAUAAAUGUUUAUUUUCAGUAGUUUUAUCUGUAUUACUUAAGGUGUACUGAGGGUUGAGAGAUUUAUUCCCUUUAAAAUUUAAGUUUAUUUCCAAAUUAAGAACAAACUAUCAAAGGACUGGUUUGGCAGCAGUCAUUCCAUUUAAUUAGUACCAUAUUUACUUUAAAUGAAAGAUUUCAACAACUUAAAAGAUGAAAAUACUGUUUACCGUAUAGUUCUGAGAAUACAGAAAUUAAUGUUACUGUAUGAACAACUGAAGAGGAAAAUGUAGAGCCCUGAAAACAUUACUGUCCUACGUCAAACAUCCCACAUUUGCUCCUUGACUAUUAUACUGGUUGUAUCUUGCCUUGCUAUCUUUGUCUCAUGGUGUGGGAAUACAACUCACAUAGCUCCCA